AUGACCACGAACCUUUCCCGCACAUCAUCGACAACAUCCAAGCGAAAAGCAGACGAUGAUGGCGUUGUUAAGCGAAAACCUACUACCGGGUUGAAGAUUAACUCUGGACCAGCGCCGGUGAUACGGAGCUCAUCAGUACUGGGCCACUCGACAUCGAGACCCCCUUCUGCGCUUGCACAGCAUCCACGGACAUCCCAUACUCCCCCCACUUCAGACGCGGAAUCCUCCAGUAGGCCCAUGCGACAGGCUCCCCCUUCUCCGCCAGUUCCGGCUAUAGUAGCUGCUCGAGCAAGGGGGGAAUCCAUACCUCCCGCUGACCCUGUUCCCGCGAGAGCUCCCAGCCGAGCUGGAUCAGUAACUCGGAAAACAUCGGCGCCUGUUAAUAAAGGAAAGGGGAAAUCAAAGCUACCAGGCCUGGGUCUACCCAUGGGCGUGUUACCAGAGGAAGAAGCUGAGGAUAGAUGGAUGGCUGGUCAGAGAUCUGAACUUGAUGCAAAGGAGCGAGAUAAUCAACGACGAGCUGGGGCAUCUCGAACAUCGACGCUCAAUUUUCCGUCCUCAGCAACCGGGUCUACUCCUUCCCGAAAGCGUACCCAAGGUCACUCAACCUCGAGCUCUAGUGGUUUGAAUCGAGCGGUGCUAGAUUCGAGUCUGCCAGUUCCAAUAAGCGAUACCCCCGUUAUCGUGCGUAAUCGUGAAAUCCGACAAGCUUCACAGUCCCGACGGAGAAGCAGUCUGAGCUCGCGGGCCACUCCACACGCAUCUGUUCCCCCAGACACCUUUUACCGACACGUCGAUCCCGAUCUCCCAGAUGCCCUUCGACUUCGACAAGUUCUAUGCUGGACAGCAUCUCGAGCAUCUGAUAAACGGCCAGCCCACAAAUCCUCCCCAAUCGUACAAGACUUACUCAAAUCCAUCCAAUCACAAGCAAUCAAACGACUCGCAUCCGGACAAAUAAACACCACUAUAUCUCCUGCACGAACAUCAGACUCGAACAAAGUUCUUCCUCCCCAUCCAAAGAACGUUACCAAUGCUCAAGCCAUUUCUAAGCUUGAAGCGUAUAACCAAGCGUGUCAAGCCGAGGACAGCGCAUGGUCCGAGCUCAUUGCGGCGUACAAUUCUCAACAAGCUCAGGUAGUAGCCGCGCUUGCUUCAUCGGCAGAGAAGGAGCCCAAGGAUAUCGAGCUAGACGAUCAAUGGCAAGAAGGGAUGCAGCUUGUCAAAGAGGUUCUACGAACCGUCAAGGAGGGUGUUGGGGAUGGUGCAGAUGCAGACGACGAGAUGUCCGAUGGGGAACAAGAAAUCGUCGAUCGAAUCGGUGCACUCGAGCCCCAGGUGUAUGAAGCAUACGAGUCUACGUACCGAAUGGACCAGUUCACUACCAAGGCCGCGGUACACCUGGAAAACGUGUUUGGAACGUUGGCGAGUACGUUGCGGCAGCGAACUGCGCCACAGAGCACGUUGGUUCCCAGGGACGAGACAGGUCGCAUGUUAGGCGUUGGUAGUGGCAGCGCGGUUAAUACGAUGGAUCUGUUGAGGGCGCUGACUGGACCUGGCUCAGCAAGUGGCACAAGUGCAGUGAAGGUGAACGGCAUACCACCUAGAGCGCUGAACGAAGCGUUGCAAAAGGUUACGCCAGUCAAUGCUGCUCCCACCCCUAGGAAACCACCGGGGACUCCACGAGCGUCAAGAGGCGGAGUCGGACGGACAAAGAAACGAUGA